AUGGGCUGGAAAGCAUUUAGCAAUGAUGUCUGGCAACAAGCUUCUACGAUGACGGUGGCUGGCUUUCGAUUUCCAACUGGAAUUGCUACUGAACAAACUGUUCCUAGCAAUAAUCUCAGAGAAAUGACCAUCGCAGAUGGCGAGGGUCGGUCAAUUGGAGACAAGGCGUUCCAGUACUGCGGCAGCAUGUAUAAAUUAUCGCUGACAUCGAUGAAAAUUAACGAAAUCCACGGAAAUUCUUUCCUUGGCCUUGGCAGCUUGCGGAUUCUCGACCUUUCUCACAACAACUUGACUUUUAUUCCGGACGAAGCGUUCCAGUGGCUCGGCUCGCUUAGUGAGAUCAACCUUUCAUUCAAUAAACUUUACGAUUCAAAAAAGAUGGGGAUGAUGGUCUCUCAAUUCGCGCAACUAGUCAAAAUCACCAUGGCUGUCAAUAAUCUCCCGGAAGUUCCGGACGUUUCCGCCUGUAAUUAUCUCGAGUCUAUCGACCUCAGCUAUAAUGCCUUCGAAAAACUACAAGGGAUCGAUACUGUAGGGAACUACAUCAGUCCUCUACGACGCCUUGACCGUGUAACUGAACUUGACCUCUCACAUAACAAAAUUCAAUGGGUCGAUGGAAAUUUCUUCAGGGAUUUGAAGAGUCUCACGAACCUCAAACUCGGCCACAAUCUCAUCAAAUCCUUCCAAGGAUACUUUUUCCUUCGAAACGUUCAAUAUCUUGAUCUCAGCCACAAUGUUUUAACGAAUGUUGGAAACGAAACGAUGAUUGGUGACAACAUGCAAAACUUGAAGCAGUUUAGGCUAAACGAGAAUCAGCUUGUUUUGUGUGAUGCCUUUUUCUUCCAAAUGAGCAGACUCCCUCAUUUACAAGCUCUUGACCUAAAACAAGCAAACAUGCCCUGCAUCUGUGAUAUUCCGAGCUUUCGAGGUGUAAUAAACACAACCAGCAUUGUCCUCGAAAACCCAGCAGGGUGUCUUCUGCAAGAACCUACCUCUGUCUGCAUCGGUCCGACUGAUGCAACAUUUUCAUGCAAUGGCCGCGUCAGCAAGCCAGAAACCGAUGCUUUCUGCAAAAAGCAAAUCAAGAAGUAUCGCCCUGACGAUAUCUGUGACGCCGAAACUGGGCAACCAAAGGCCUCCUGGCACGAUCCAGAUCCGUCCUCUUCUCUGUCAAUGACAUUAUCUUUCGCAAUUUUGUUUUGUAUGCUUCUUGUAUAA